AUGAACUUGUGCUUAAUAUAUUUAACGAUUUUAUGCACCAUUAUUAAUUCGGCACAUCCAUAUUUUGCAGAGGUUCCUAGUGAAUGCCAAAUAUUUACAACUGAAGUUGAAAAAAUAUCCUGUAUGCAAGAAAUUUGUCCAAAGCUUAAAAAUAAAGAAUUUACAUCAGAAAUGGGUUUGAAUGCGUGUCAAGUGCAUUGUAAACAAGGUGGAACUUAUUUUCCUGAUAUUUGUCCAUACUCUAAAGUGCCUGGUUGUAUUUGUAAAGAUGGUUAUUGCCGUGAUCAUAAGGAUUUUACAAUAUGUAAAAGAGUUAGAAAUUCUCGGUGGAAUGCACAAAUAAGACAUGUAUCUUCGUUUUCUAAGAGUGCACGCAUGAAGAUUUAGAUACAUUAGAUACAUAAUCUGUUGUUUAGAUACAUAAUCUUUUGAUUAAGU